GUGGGAGGAGUGGCAGCCGGGGCGGCCAACCGGUCAAGCCCUCCCCCGGGGAAGAAGGUCGAUGGCGGCGGCGCUGGUUCGCGGGGCGGCGCUGCGGGGGCUGCGGCGGGGGGGCCGGGGGCUGCCCUGGCAGGGGGCGCGACUGGCCGGCGGGGGCCCCGACGGGGGGGAGGUGGCGGCGGCGGAGCGGGCGGCGGCGGAGCAGCGCGGGGGCGGCACCGUCUUCAGCAGGAUCGUGGACGGCUCCCUCCCGGCCGAGAUCCUCUACCAGGACGCGCAGUGCGUGGCCUUCCGUGACGUGAACCCUCAGGCGCCGGUCCACUUCCUGGUGAUCCCCCGGCGGCCCAUCCCCCGCCUCAGCAGCGUGGCCCCCAGCGAUGCCCAGCUCCUGGGGCACCUGCUGGUGGUUGCGAGCCAGACUGCAAAGGCGCAGGGCCUUUCCGAGGGCUACCGCGUAGUGAUCAAUGACGGGAAGCACGGGGCCCAAUCCGUCUACCACCUGCAUCUCCACGUCUUGGGCGGCCGUCAGAUGGGCUGGCCACCGGGCUGAGCUUCUGGCCCCCAAAGUAGCUGGAAGAGCCCCGCAAAGCAACUCUCUCCCAAUAAACGAGUGCCCUGUGCCCUCUUUGAGGUGACAUCUAAGGGCAUGGGAUGGCGCCAUCUACUGUUAACAUUUUAAAGCUGUUUUUAUUCUGUUUAUGUUUUUAUGACUGUUCUGUUUGUGUCAUGUUUUUAUCGUCGUUGUUGUUCACCGCUCUGACCCCUGUGGGGAAGGGCGGGUGAUGAACCAAAAUAUAAAUCAAUCAAUCUUU